AUGGCGGCGGCGGCGCUCGGUGUCCUCCUGUUCUGCCUCUUGCUCCCGAGCCCCGGCUGCGCCGACGACGGCUGGGACCCGUCCGGAUACCUGCUCUAUUGCCCCUGCAUGGGGAGAUUCGGGAAUCAAGCAGAUCACUUCCUCGGAUCUUUAGCGUUUGCGAAGACGAUGAAUCGGACGCUGGCUGUGCCUCCCUGGAUUGAGUACCGGCAUCACAGGCCUCCCUACACGAAUCUCCACGUUCCUUACCAGGAAUAUUUCAAGCUGGCCCCUCUGCUGGAAUACCACCGGGUGAUUAGCUUGGAGGAGUUUAUGGAAAAGCUGGCACCCACCCACUGGCCUCCUGGGCGGAGAGUGGCGUAUUGCUUUGAAGCAGCCGCUGAGAGAAGUUCUGACAAAAAGACCUGCCCUAUGAAGGAUGGGAACCCCUUUGGGCCUUUCUGGGAUCAGUUUGGAGUGGAAUUUGAGAGGUCGGAGCUGUUCGGAGGCCUCUCCUUCAGCGCCUUUUACAAGGACGACUGGAACCGAAGGUUUCCACUCUCUGAACAUCCUGUUCUCGCCCUCCCAGGUGCUCCGGCCCAAUUUCCUGUCCUGGAAGAGAACCGUCCCCUGCAGCGCUACAUGGUUUGGUCUGAUGAGAUGGUGGAGAAAGGAGAGUCCUAUAUCAAGUCACUCCUGAUCAGACCCUAUGUGGGAAUUCAUUUGCGUGUGGGUUCAGAUUGGAAAAAUGCUUGCAAUCUGCUGAAGGAGGGCACUGCUGGGUCACAUUUAAUGGCAUCCCCACAGUGUGUGGGCUAUGAUCGCAACAACGCCGCGCCCCUCACCAUGGAUAUGUGUUUGCCGGACCUGAACGAGAUCAGGCGUGCCGUGAAACUCUGGGUGGAAAAGAUAGAGGCGAAAGCCGUGUUUGUGGCCACCGAUUCUGAGCCCUACACCCAGGAGAUACAGCAGUGUUUCCAAGACAAGAUCAAAGUGGUCCAUUUGCAACCCGAAGUGGCCCAGUUAGACCUGUACAUCCUCGGCCAGUCUGACCAUUUCAUCGGCAACUGCGUCUCCUCUUUCACCGCCUUUGUGAAGCGGGAGAGGGACGCGCACAGGAGGCCGUCUUCCUUUUUCGGCAUGGACUACCCCCCUCAACUUAGGGAUGAAUUAUAAACCCCCCCGGGGGAAACUGCGCGUUGCGUCUCGGGACACACAACUCGGGCUUCACACAAAGCCCCCUCGGAAGCCAGGCUGCAUAGCUGGUCGGUUCUGCGGAAUUCGUCCCUGUGCGUUCUUUUAUAGUCUGAGCUGGAACAACAGAGCAACUUUUUGGGAAAAUCCCAUUUUUUUUCCGCUCCCCCUGUAAUGGUUGAAUCAAGGAAUCCUCUGAAUCUACCACUCGAGUUUCCUCCUUCCCU